UCCGCUCCUAUCUUAGUUUGGUGGAUUGAUGGUAUCAAGCCCACAAAUACUAAUUAAUUGAUUCAUCACUAUUCACUAGCCUUUCGGAAGGGCCGAUGGGGCCAAACAACAGGGUUUGCGUGCAAAUGAAUUUGUGUUAAUACCCAAAAAAUGAAAAUUGAAAUGAAACCAUUAGCAUGUCUUUAUCACUAUUUUAAUUGAGAAAUAUCAAGAUAGGUUCAUAUCAUGUCCGUUAGGAGCGGAUACAAUUCAAUGACGUGAGUCAGUGAUAUUUUGAUGACUUUCUCAGACACUAUUAGGUUCAUUAUGCUGAUAUUGAGCAGAAUAUAAUUUCAUAUAAUUAUAUAUGUUUCGAUGCUCAUGUUUUUAGAAAGAUUUAAUUCAAAGAAAUAAUUUACGUAACAAAGAAAAACUACCAUACGAGCCAUUGCAGAGAGGUAGCACUUGGCAAUGACGCCAAUGGGAAAAUGACUGACAAUCACCUGGCAAAAUCAAAACUGAAAUAAUAAAUGCUAAUUUGUUGAAAACGUGUCAAAUUAUCAAAUGUCAAUUGCUACCCAACGUACAUUCUAUCAAUUAAGUAAUUUACGUGAAUUCGCGUAAAUGCGAUGGAAUAUAUUAAAAAAAUGGGUUAGAAUUUUUAUAAAAGCUAGGGACCAAAAACUGAAAAAUAGCACAUUUCAAUCUUGGUGAUAGUUAACUACAGCAAGGAAUGAACAUGGGGUAUCUGACAAUUCUAGGAUUGUUGGCAACGGCGGUAGCGCUAUCGACUGCGACGUACAUUCGUCCGGUACAUUGUAGAUACAAGUUCUCAAAAGUUGGAUCUUGUUACCGUAGUAAAGGAACUUAUUAUCAGAAGUACUCUUGCAACAUCUAUCAACACCCACGGUAUCAUGGAAGACAAUGCCCGGCGACGAUAAGAUAUCAACGUUGCUAUUAUAGCAAAAAAGACAAAAGUUACCAUGGUGGAUAUGGUGGCGACAGCGUGUAUGACUAUCUUCCCGGUAAGAUGAAGCAUUACAUAUAUGAGCGCAAAGAUCCUGAUGACUACAGGAAAAAGAGAAGAAAAAAUAGAAAAGGAGGAUCAUCUGGAUCAUCAUCAGAUUCAGGUUCCGAUCGCAGAAAGGGCGGCAGAAAAGGAAGUGGAAGCGGCAGUGGAAGUGGAAGCGGGAGUGGGAGCGGAAGCGGAAGUGGUAGCGGAAGUGGAAGUGGAAGCGAUUCUGGUUCAGGGUCCGAUAGUGAUCACGGAAAAGGCUAUUCUAGAUAUCCUAAAGGAUAUGGAUCCGGAUCGGAUAGCGAUCGUGGUGGAUAUGCGAAGAAUUACUACAAAGGUCGGGGUGGAUCCGGAUCGGAUAGCGAUCGUGGUGGCUAUGCGAAGAAUUACUACAAAGGUCGGGGUGGAUCCGGAUCGGAUAGCGAUCGUGGUGGCUAUGCGAAGAAUUAUCACAAAGGUUACGGUUCUGGGUCGGAUAGCGGUGGAGGACGUUAUCGCAAAAAUUACCAUAAAGGAUAUGGAUCCGGAUCGAACAGUGACUGAGAAAUUGAUCAAGAACUCAUCAGCAGACACACCCGAACCAUAUAUUUGCUUCUUAGUUUUUAAAUACAUUGAGUAAUUAGAUCUAUGAUUUUCAGUGAAAUUUAAUAAAAUUCUCAUCCUAUUCAA